ACCUCAGACUGUGCGGGACGGUGCCGGACCAUCGUAUUCCUCUCAUCCUGAGGAACCUCAGACUGUGCGGGGCAGGGCCGUCCUUUCAACAAAUAAGAGGUUUUCCUGUGUCGUGUGUGGGAUGUGUUUCCGUACUAGAUUCAGUUUUAAUGUUCAUAAAAGAUAUCACACAGAUGAGAAGCCGUAUUCCUGCUCUGAGUGCGGGAAAUGUUUUUCAGUAAAGUCCUAUCUUUCCCAACACAAGAGAUCUCACACGGGUGAGAAGCCGUAUUCCUGUGCUGAGUGUGGGAAAUGUUUUUCAUAUAAGUCCAAUCUUUCCCAACACAAGAGAUCUCACACGGGUGAGAAGCCGUAUUCCUGUGCUGAGUGCGGGAAAUGUUUUUCAUAUAAGUCCAACCUUUCCGUGCAUCAGAGAUCACACACAGGGGAGAAACGAUAUUCUUGCCCUGAGUGCGGGAAGUGUUUCUGUUUUAAUCACAGUCUUACUCUUCAUAGAAAUACUCACACAAGACAAAAGCCAUAUUCCUGCCCUGAGUGCGGGAAGUCUUUCCACACUAAAUACAGAAUGAUUGAACAUAAAAGGUCUCACACAGGUGAGAAGCCGUAUUGCUGUCCUGAGUGCGGGAAAUGUUUUAGUUUGAAAAACAAUUUUGAUGCACAUAAAAGAACUCACACGGGUGAGAAACCGUAUUGUUGUCCUGAGUGCGGGAAAUGUUUUUCACAGAAGUCCAAUCUUACCUUGCAUCAGAGAUUGCACACGGGGGAGAAGCCGUAUCCCUGCCCUGAGUGCGGGAAAUGUUUUACACUAAAAUCACAAUUUGUUUUACAUCAGAGGAUCCACACGGGGGAGAAGCCGUAUUCCUGUCCUGAGUGCGGGAGAUGUUUUUCACAGAAGGGCUCUCUUUCCGACCAUCAGAGAUUGCACAAGGCUGAGAAGCCGUAUUCCUGUCCUAGGUGCGAGAAAUGUUUUAAAACUAAGUCUGAUCUUGUCUCGCAUGUGAGAUUUCAAACAGAGGUAGGUUCACUGUCCUCUUCUGAUUGGAGGAGGUGUAACCCACAGAAGUCCUCUGUUUACAGUCAUCUAAAAUUGGACACAGAGGAGAAUGAACUUUCCUGGUCUGACUGAGGGAAAUUUUCCGCACUGAAGUCCUGUCUUCCUGUACAUCAGGGGUCCCACACAACCCUUGAGGUGUAUUAGUGAGUGCGGGAAAU